GCGCACGAAGGCAGAGAGAGCGGCGUGGCGGAGCGAGCCGGCGGAAAAGCGAGCCGUUCCUUCGGUUCAGUCGCAGUCACGAAGCGGCGCCGUGCACCACCACUCGGCCGCCUCUUUCUCUUUCGCGCUCGCGCGCGCGCGUCUAUAAUUAAACAUCGGUGGAGGAGCAAAAGUGUCGGGGACGAAGGAGAGCGCGCGUACCUCCUCUUUGUCCGUUCCCUUUUUUUCCAUCUUCCUCCUCCUCCUCCUCCUCCUCCGCUGAACCGCUGAACGACGAAGCGAUGAUUUUUUCCCGAGAACCGCCGACUCCGACUCGACGUGUUCCGCCGCUUCUCCGCUUCUCGGCUAUAAUUAACAACUACGUUUCCUUCUAACGCGUUCACUUGUUCUUCUCGUCUCGCGAUCAUGCCGAACGACGCGUGCCCCUCCGACCGACCUCUCCUCGACUCGAGAAACGUUCUUCGUUCCGAGACGCGGUGGUGAGACGUCGACCGACAGAUGGAUCGUGGCCGCCGUUAGAGGCCAUAGCGUUCGCCCCUCUCGAACCUUGACCGUGAGUCGUCUCCUCUUCCGAUUCUCGCGUUUAAACGCGUUUCUAUUUUUAUCCGGUCGGUCGGUCGGCUGGCGUAGACGGGCGCGCGAGGUCGCGUCGAUCCUCGAAAGUGUAAAAGUAACGGUAACGAGAGGAAAAAGAAAAAGUGAAGUUUCGUUUUUUUAGUGUAGUUCGGUUUAUUAGUUUUUGGUGGAUCAAGUUUGAUCAACGAAGGGAAGAGGAGGAAGAAACGUCGGGGAUCCCGGCUUCGAGAGUUGGAUAGCGGAUUCGCUCGCGAUGCGCGAGUGACGAAGAGAGAAGAGAAGAGAAGAGGAGAGCGGGGACAUCGGCGAGGAAGCGAGCUGCAGAGAAACAACGGAAAGAGAGAGAGGACGAUUCGAAACGACCGAUGAGAUGACAGUGUUGUGCGCGUUGUGGGCGACACUGUCCACCGUGGCAUCGAUCCUCGCCUGUUCCGGAUUUUACCUGCCUUAUUGGAUUCAGGGACGACUGCUGGGAAAGGCGGACGCGUAUUUUGGUUCCUUUCGACGGUGCAACUAUCCACGGAUAAGGGCGGCGAACGCCGCUCCCGAAAUAGUUUACGAGUGCGCCAGAUACUCCAGCUUCUGGGACAUUCCGAGCGGUUGGUGGCAGGCGAGCACGGUCACCAUGGGGAUCGGGGUCGCGAUCGCGGUGAUCGGGGCCCUCACCCUGCUCGCCGCCGCCUCCACCUUCCUCCCGCACAUCCUCAAAACUCCGAGGCACACCAGGGUGCUUGGCUCUCUCCAGUUGCUCGCCGCGAUGAUAUGCGGCGGUCUGGUCAUGUAUCCGAUAGGAUGGGACAACAGGGAGGUGCGGGAGUCUUGCGGGAAGGGUGCUAACGUGUACAAUCUAGGAAAGUGUUCCGUUUCAUGGUCGAGCUAUCUGCUGGUAGGCUCGGUGGCGCUGUUGAUGCUAUGCUUCGGGCUGAGCUUCUGCGCCGCGCGACACAAGCCGUCCAACCCGCACACCGAUCCUCUGCGCAUUUGACAAUCGAGAUACUCUCAAUCGAUUCACGCCUAUGCCUCGCCGAAGACGACCACUCUCUCCUUCGUCACGGUCUGUUGAGCCGUGAGGAGGGCGAGGAGAAGGAGGAGGAACAGGAGAGAAACAGCAAGGAGGAGAAGGAGGAAUAGAAGCAUCGAGAAUCACCUCUACGAGCGUCUCAUCCGGGUACGAGCACACCGUCACGCGACAAACCACACACAACGUCGCACAAGCCACGCGUCACGCGUCACGCACGCUUCCCACCCAACUACCCGAUCGUUUUAUCUUAUCUAAGGACGAAAUUUUACUCUCCAUCCACUCGUGCGCACAGCGUUGCCACGUUUCCACCACGUUUUUUCGCGACCAACUUCUCUACGAGGAGAGGGGAUAUGUGGAAAUCGGGCGAGUAGCGUAAAGCGUUGGGAACCGUGCGAGAUUCUCGAUCGAGCGUUCGAUCCAAUUUUCAUUCCUCGACUUCUCCUUUUUUUUUUUUUUUCGGUAACGAGAGAGCUUUCCCUCUCGACACGCUUUCGAAACUUUUGCUCAAGAGAGAGAGAGAGAGAGAGAACAAAAAGGGAAACGUUUGAAACAGCAAAUGUUUCGGACAGGUAACGACGUACAACAGAGUUCGUUAGCCGCAAAACUUCUCUCCCUGUGAUCUUUGCGACUCUAGAAACUGGACGCAUCUCGUCGUUUCUCUUUGAUUCCCCUCUCCCUUCUCCCCUUCGCUCGAAAGACGCUAAAAACUUUCUCUCGUCCGUGGCUCGAAAAGCGCGUACGCGUUUC